AUGGCGACCGGUGAGAGGCGAUCAAAUCUCAGGUUGCUCAGGACGUCAUUGAUUCUGGACCAAGCCGACACACGCACGACUCGCCAUGGAGACUGUCGCAGACUGUGUACUUACAACGCGAGAACAGUGUCCACAGACGCUGACCUGCAUGCCCUUCUCGGAGCUGCAGAGCGUAUCAAAGUUUACGUGAUUGCUCUGCAGGAGACCAAGUGCAGAAGGAGCGUCGUACGACAGAUGAAUGACGGUACACUCGUCAUUCGUGGAGAGAAGGUUCCGUCGCGAAAUGUAGGCGGUGUUGGUUUUGUUGUGCACCCAUCUGUCGUCCAUCUCGUCGAUUCUCACGAGAUCCUGUCACCUCGUCUGGCGAUUCUUCGCCUCCGCCCUCUGCGCCAAAAAUCCAUCAAUAUCAUCAACUGCUACCCACCAACAUCAGCAGCUGAUGAAUCCGAACUGGACGCGUUUUACGAGGAGCUGGAGGAAGUAGUCCGCAACGAGAAGUCCUUCUACAAAUUCGUUGUCGGAGACUUCAACGCAAAACUAGGAAAGGCCACAGAAGAGGAAUACAGGAUUGGAAGAUUUGGACUAGGGGACCGGAAUGAAAAUGGCAAUCGUCUCGCCGGGCUGUUGUCCGCCGCUCGCCUCUUUCAUGGGAACUCUCUUUUCAUGAAAAAAGAUCAUCGUCGGUGGACAUGGGAAUGCCACGACUCGUGCAGAGAUCGACCACAUACUCACCAACCGGAAGUGGUGUCUACUUGA